GGAGAAGUGUCCGCGCUCCUGCAGGCGGAAGUGUUCGUGCAGCGGCUCGUGGACGCGCGGAGUGUCACUCUGGAGUCUGUUGAAUUUGACAAAGUCUCGUGUUUUUGGAGGAGUCAUCAUCAUCAUCAUCAUCAUCAUCAUCAUCAUCAUCAGCAGCAGCAGCAGGCGGCGGCGGCGGCGGCGGCUCCGCGUGGACGUGACAAAACCGCAGCUCUGACAUGAGGCGGCGGCGCGAGCUCCUCAUCACAACCAGGAAGGAAGCGCGUGUCCGGCUCUGCAGCUCCUCAUCUCUGCACACACACUCUGCACACACACUCUGCACACACACUCUGCACACACACUCUGCACACACACUCUGCACACACACUCUGCACACACACAUCUGCAUUAGUGCUCGGGUUCGGACAUGAGAGCCGCCGCGCUGCUUCUGGUUCUGGUUCUGGUUCUGUUCUCGCUGUGGCCGCGGGUCCGCGGGACUCUGUCCAAAACCGACGCCAAGAAAAGUCACAAAGUUGAAGUUGAGAGCUCCCCCUCCGAGCUGCUGGUGCUGGAGCGGGGGCUGGUCGUGUCGGAUCCUCACUGGAGGGAGAUCGUGAAGGAGGAGAAGAGAUACUGCGCCCACAUCAGGAAAAGCUUCAGCGGACACGUGCUGGGAUACGUCACACCGUGGCACGCUCACGGGUACAAUGUGGCCAAACUCUUCACGCCGAAGAUGAGCUCGGUGUCUCCGGUUUGGUUACAGCUGCGCCGACGAGGACCAGAGACUUUCGACGUGUCCGGACUCCAGGACCACGACCCAGGUUGGGUCAAAGCUUUACGAAAGUCCAACAAGAAAGUCCGAAUCGUUCCUCGGGUUCUGUUGGACGGUUGGUCGUAUGAGGAUUACAUGAGCGUUUUGGGCAGCGAAGACGAGAUCGAAGAGCUGGCGUCUGAACUGGUCGACGUCGCCAAGACCGAAGGCUUCGAUGGUUUUACUCUGGAGCUCUGGAGUCAACUGGGAGGAAACAAACGCAAGGAGCUGGUUCACCUGAUCAAACACGUGUGUGAGAUGUUAAAAGCGAAGAGACUGGACUGUCUCCUGGUCAUCCCUCCGUCCAUCACCAGCUCGGGGCAGCCGGGGAUGUUUGGUCCGGAGGAGUUUGAGGCGUUGGCUCCGGUCGUUGACGGUUUCAGCCUCAUGACGUACGACUACAGCAGCUCCAGGUACAAAAUCAAACCUGCCACCAGAAUGUGGAUCCACCAGUGUCCCCCCAGAGGACAAAACCAGUGUCCCCCGCCCAGGGGACACGACCAGUGUCCCCCGCCCAGGGGACAAGACCAGUGUCCCCCGCCCAGGGGACACGACCAGUGUCUUCCGCCGACUACCAGACCCCCGCCCAGAGGACCUGACUCCCAGAGCCCAGAGGAGUCCGACUCUCAGCCCCCCAUCAGGUCCGGGCCGAGCGCGCCCCUGCCCUGGGUCAGAGACUGUGUCCUGCAGCUCGCCCCGUCCCCCCAGUGGAGACACAAGAUCCUCCUGGGACUCAGUCUGUACGGACUCGACUUCAGCGCCCAGGGAGCAGACCCCAUCCUCGGGGACAGGUUCAUCGAGCUCCUCCGAGAACAUCGACCCAAACUCCUCUGGGACGAAAACGCAGCAGAACAUUAUUUUACGUACAAAAGAAACAGCGCAGGGAAACACGUGGUUUAUUAUCCCACAUUAAAGUCCGUCUUCAUGAGGAUUUCGUUGGCGGCUGAACUGGGCACUGGCGUCUCGCUGUGGGAGCUCGGACAAGGACUGGACUAUUUCUAUGAUCUUCUAUAGAGCGUCUGUGUGUUUCCUGUUUGUAGGCGCCAUUUUGAGGACUUUUCAAAAUACAAACUGUUUUGGUUUGGAUUAUUAAAGACCCACAUGACUCGA